AUGCCACCAGCGCCCCGAGCGGCUGGUCAGACCGCUAUUUUUGUCUUCCGAGGUCUUCAGCAGCAGCAGCAGCAGCAGCAGCAGCAGCAGCAGCAGCAGCAGCAGCAGCAGCAGCAGCAGCAGCAGCAGCAGCAGCAGCAGCAGCAGCAGCAGCAGCAGCAGCAGCAGCAGCAGCAGCAGCAGCAGCAGCAGCAGCAGCAGCAGCAGCAGCAGCAGCAGCAGCAGCAGCAGCAGCAGCAGCAGCAGCAGCAGCAGCAGCAGCAGCAGCAGCAGCAGCAGCAGCAGCAGCAGCAGCAGCAGCAGCAGCAGCAGCACAGCAGCAGCAGCAGCAGCAGCAGCAGCAGCAGCAGCAGCAGCAGCAGCAGCAGCAGCAGCAGCAGCAGCAGCAGCAGCAGCAGCAGCAGCAGCAGCAGCAGCAGCAGCAGCAGCAGCAGCAGCAGCAGCAGCAGCAGCAGCAGCAGCAGCAGCAGCAGCAGCAGCAGCAGCAGCAGCAGCAGCAGCAGCAGCAGCAGCAGCAGCAGCAGCAGCAGCAGCAGCAGCAGCAGCAGCAGCAGCAGCAGCAGCAGCAGCAGCAGCAGCAGCAGCAGCAGCAGCAGCAGCAGCAGCAGCAGCAGCAGCAGCAGCAGCAGCAGCAGCAGCAGCAGCAGCAGCAGCAGCAGCAGCAGCAGCAGCAGCAAGCAGCAGCAGCAGCAGCAGCAGCAGCAGCAGCAGCAGCAGCAGCAGCAGCAGCAGCAGCAGCAGCAGCAGCAGCAGCAGCAGCAGCAGCAGCAGCAGCAGCAGCAGCAGCAGCAGCAGCAGCAGCAGCAGCAGCAGCAGCAGCAGCAGCAGCAGCAGCAGCAGCAGCAGCAGCAGCAGCAGCAGCAGCAGCAGCAGCAGCAGCAGCACAGCAGCAGCAGCAGCAGCAGCAGCAGCAGCAGCAGCAGCAGCAGCAGCAGCAGCAGCAGCAGCAGCAGCAGCAGCAGCAGCAGCAGCAGCAGCAGCAGCAGCAGCAGCAGCAGCAGCACAGCACAGCAGCAGCAGCAGCAGCAGCAGCAGCAGCAGCAGCAGCAGCAGCAGCAGCAGCAGCAGCAGCAGCAGCAGCAGCAGCAGCAGCAGCAGCAGCAGGCUCAAAACACGCACGGCUGGCGCUUAGGCCUAGCGCCGCCGCGCUCGCCCGACGAAGAAGUGUUUGUGCCAGAUGUGAGCUUCUCAUCUGUUCCUUCCACUGGACUGCUGCGCGUGACAUCUGUGCCAACUAUGCAGCAGCAGUGUGCAACCGAUAGCUCGAAGACACAAGAUGCAACACCGAAGGACAGUCCACUUCGUGAUGUGAAUGUGAACCUAUCCGGAAUCGUGCCGACGGACACUGGUGACCCUAUGGACGUGCAGCCCUCUGGCGGUUCAACGAAUGCAGCCAAGCGAGGUCCCCCAGUCAACGUGCUUCAACAAGACGCCAUCGCAUCGGAGCAACCGGCAAAAAAGUCGGCGAACGCCAAGUCUUAA